AUAUUGUGCAAUCUACUUGGCUAGAGAACAUAAAGUUAUCUUUUAUAUUUUGUAUAUAUACUUUUAUAUAUAUACUUUUACAACAAGCCAGCUAACAUUAAAACCAGUAUUGCUAGCAAGUGUUUGACCUCACGCUCCUCACUGAUGGCUAUUGUGUGUUAGAGCAAAAACAGCUUCUUGGAGAGCAUUAAUGAUUGUUAAAAAUAUACUAGCUAUAUAUUUAUAAUAUAUACAAAAUAUACAAGUUUAUAAAAUAUGCUCUUUUCACUCAGGUGCUAAUAAAAGCCUCUUGUCUUUUUGUAUUAUUGUUUGUAAUUAGCCAUCUAUCAUGUCAGGUAUUGUCAUGACAUUCUGAGAGCUGAAAUUUCAGAUAAUACAAAUAUGACUGUGCGAUGAAGUGUAUUUAUUGUGUGUUUGUUUCACUGCUUUGAGUGUUGUUCCUUAACUGCUCUUCCAUACGUGGUUUGAACGGGCCAGUAUGCUAGUGAUCCUGCUGAACUGUGUGACUUUGGGCAUGUUUCACCCAUGUGAGGACAGUGACUGUGACUCAGAACGCUGCAAGAUCUUGGAGGAUUUCGACGACUUCAUUUUUGCAUUUUUUGCUGUGGAGAUGGUGAUUAAGAUGGUAGCACUGGGCAUCUUUGGCAAAAAGUGUUACCUUGGGGAUACCUGGAAUCGGCUAGACUUCUUCAUUGUGCUGGCUGGGAUGCUGGAAUAUUCGCUGAACCUGCAGAAUGUCAGUUUCUCUGCUGUUCGUACUGUCAGAGUGCUGAGGCCUCUACGAGCGAUCAACCGAGUGCCCAGUAUGAGAAUCUUGGUGACUCUCCUGCUGGACACUCUCCCUAUGCUGGGCAAUGUGUUGCUGCUCUGCUUCUUUGUCUUCUUCAUCUUUGGGAUUGUUGGAGUCCAGCUCUGGGCUGGGCUGCUCCGUAACCGCUGCUUCCUGCCUGUGAACUUCUCUGUUCCCCAAAGCCUGCCCAAUUACUACCACGUUGACGACGAGAGCCCAUUCAUCUGCUCUCAGAUGGGGGAUAAUGGCAUGCGCCACUGCAACUCCAUACCUAGGCUGCAUGAGGAGGGUCUGCAAUGUCAGCUGGACAUGGGAGCCUACAACAGCACAGAUAACACCACAUGUGUCGAUUGGAAUCAGUACUAUACCAACUGCUCUGCUGGGGAUGUCAACCCUUUUAAGGGUGCCAUCAACUUUGAUAACAUAGGCUAUGCCUGGAUUGCCAUUUUUCAGGUCAUCACUCUGGAGGGUUGGGUGGACAUCAUGUACUUUGUAAUGGACGCACAUUCCUUCUACAAUUUUAUCUACUUCAUUUUCCUGAUUAUAGUGGGCUCAUUCUUCAUGAUCAACCUCUGCCUAGUUGUCAUAGCCACCCAGUUCUCUGAAACAAAGCAGCGUGAAAGUCAGCUGAUGAAGGAGCAGAGAGUGCGAUUCAUGUCCAACGCAAGCACUCUAGCCAGCUUCUCAGAGCCAGGUAGCUGCUACGAUGAGCUCCUCAAAUACCUGGUUUACAUUGUUCGGAAAGCUACCAGGCAGUUAGGCCACCUAAUGCGGGCAGCUGCUCGCCGGGCAGGCAUCAGGAUAUGCACCUCUCCCACCCCUGAACCUCCAAAUGCCAAGAGACGAAGGCACAGGAAGCAGCAGGGCUCCAUUCAUCACCUUGUACACCAUCACCAUCACCACCACCAUCACUACCAUCUUGGCAAUGGGAAUAUCCGGAGUGACGGUGCCCAGGAGAUGGAGGUGUCUCUGCGGAACAACAACAGGAAUGGAGCAGGAACGGGACGUCUUACUCUACCCACCAUUGUGCCUCUGCAGGACCCAUCCCCUUCUUGCUCUGCAGCGCUGGGCUCCAGCAGCGCCGAAUCUAUACACAGCACCUACCACAGGACCUGCCACUUGGAUCCAAAUCGUGCCCCCACAUUAGGUCAUCCAGUGUUGCAGGCCUACAAGAGGAACUCAGUGCCGUUUGCCGCACCAGUGCAUAAGAAUUAUCCGACUCUGCAGCCUCGUGUAGCCCUGGAACAACUCAGGCAGAGGGCGCUGGAUCCUGGAGGAGCCUGUUGCACUGCCAACAUCCUCAGCAACCUCAACAUACCUCCACUCCAUGUAAACACAUCCCAGUGCCUGCUGGACACACAAGGGCCUGCAGGGAAUUCUUCACGCAAGCUCUCCAAUACCAACUGCAGUGGUACAAAUUUGGAUGCUAUGCUGACGUUUGACCCUGAGACCUGCCCUUACUGUAUCAAAUCAGUGGGUAAUGACUCAGAGGGACUUGAAGCAAAUGAGACUGCAGACUCAGACAGUGAGGGAGUGUAUGAAUUCACACAAGACACACACUAUCGGGAUGGCAGAGACCUAAAUAGGAAGAAGAAGUUUACCUUAGGUGCUCGGGCAGUGAAGGUAGUGCACUUCUGGAGACUAGUGUGUGACACAUUCCGCAAGAUUGUAGACAGCAAAUAUUUUGGACGAGGCAUCAUGAUCGCCAUCCUCAUCAAUACCCUCAGCAUGGGAAUCGAGUACCAUGAGCAGCCUGAUGAGCUAACCAAUGCACUGGAGAUCAGUAAUAUUGUGUUUACCAGUCUCUUUUCCCUGGAGAUGCUCCUGAAGCUGCUGGUAUAUGGCCCUUUUGGCUACAUCAAGAACCCUUACAACAUUUUUGAUGGCAUUAUUGUCGUAAUAAGUGUGUGGGAGAUCGUGGGCCAGCAGGGUGGGGGUUUGUCAGUGCUGAGGACCUUCAGGUUGAUGCGGGUGCUGAAGCUGGUGCGCUUCAUGCCGGCGCUGCAGAGACAGCUCGUGGUUCUGAUGAAGACUAUGGACAAUGUGGCUACUUUCUGCAUGCUGCUGAUGCUCUUUAUCUUCAUCUUCAGUAUUUUGGGAAUGCACCUGUUUGGGUGUAAGUUUGGUUCAGAGAGAGAUGGUGACACAUUGCCCGACCGCAAGAAUUUCGACUCUUUGCUCUGGGCCAUUGUCACAGUGUUUCAGAUCCUCACCCAGGAAGACUGGAAUAAGGUUCUCUAUAAUGGCAUGGCCUCCACCUCACCUGUCGCGGCUCUCUACUUCAUCGCCCUAAUGACCUUUGGGAAUUACGUUCUGUUCAACUUACUGGUGGCUAUCUUAGUGGAGGGCUUCCAGACGGAGGGGGAUGGCUCCAAGUCAGGCUCGGAAGCAGAUUUCUAUACACAAACCAUUGACGAUGUGUGCAGAAGCAAAAAAGAUGUGUCGGCUUCAUCUGUAGUACCCAUCAAUGGCCAUAUGGAUCUGAAGGCCAGCAUUACACCUCCUCUUAUCACCCACACGGCUGCAACACCCAUGCCUGUGCCCAAGAUCUCAGGAGGAGAUGACCUCGCUUUGGGAUACGAGUCACGCAGGGGCAGCAAUGUUUCUGUGGAGCCUGGCUGCCAUGAAAAGACUCCGUCAAGUGUGCGGAGCUCCCCGCAUGCCCCCUGGAGUUCCAGCAGCAGCUGGAACAGUCGACGCUCCAGCUGGAACAGUCUAGGCCGAGCACCGAGUUUGAAGAGGCAAAAGCAGCAGUCGGGUGAGCGACGCUCCUUGCUCUCCGGAGACGGCCACUCCAGCUCUGAUGAGGAUGGUGCUGGAGGGGGCAGUGGCAGAGGAAGGACGUUGGAAGGGGAUAAUGUUUCCCUCAGCAGGACAGAUUCUUUUGGUCAAAGGCCACGGCAUAGGCGUAUGGAGUCUCUGGAGACACGCAGCUCCUUCGACCUGCCUCCAGACACGCUGCAGGUGCCGUACCUGCACAGAUCAGCUAGCAUCCACAGCACACGGCCACCAAAUCUGAUCAGCAAUGGGAAGAGCUCACCCACGGGGGCCACAAUGCAGCUCUCAUUAGAUGAUCAUCACAGUGAGGAUGACAAUGCUGAUGAGGAGGGAAACUUGAGUCGACGAGCACGUCUGUACCGCUGGCUGGAGCAUAAGCAGCCUGAAUGGUGUAGGCAGAGAAACACCUGGUCUCUCUACCUGUUUCCUCCCGAGUCCAGGAUUCGUGUGAGCUGCAAUAAAAUCAUCACGCACAAGAUGUUUGACCAUGUGGUGCUUGUUAUUAUCUUCCUCAACUGCAUCACCAUUGCCAUGGAGAGGCCCAAGAUUGAGGCAAAGAGUCCUGAGCGUAUAUUCCUGACGGUGUCCAACUACAUCUUCACAGCCAUCUUCGUGACUGAAAUGACAAUAAAGGUGGUGGCCCUGGGCUGGUGUUUUGGAGAGAAGUCAUACCUGAAGAGCAGCUGGAAUAUUUUGGAUGGGAUGCUGGUGCUCAUCUCAGUCAUUGACAUACUGGUGUCUUUGAUUUCAAACAGUGGCACUAAGAUCUUGGGCAUGCUGCGUGUGCUGAGGCUGCUGAGAACUCUUCGCCCCCUCCGGGUGAUCAGCAGGGCUCCAGGGCUCAAGUUGGUGGUUGAAACUCUGAUGUCAUCCCUUAAACCAAUUGGAAACAUUGUGGUCAUCUGCUGCGCCUUCUUCAUUAUUUUCGGCAUCUUGGGGGUUCAGCUGUUCAAGGGAAAGUUCUAUGUGUGCCAGGGGGAGGAUACAAGGAAUAUAACAAAUAAAUCUGACUGCCAUCUUGCUAAAUACAAGUGGGUUAGGCACAAGUACAAUUUUGACAACCUGGGACAGGCUCUGAUGUCUCUUUUUGUACUGGCCUCUAAGGAUGGCUGGGUGGACAUUAUGUACGAUGGACUAGAUGCUGUAGGGGUUGAUCAACAGCCUGUGAUGAACCACAACCCCUGGAUGCUGCUCUAUUUUAUCUCUUUCCUGUUGAUCGUGGCUUUUUUCGUGCUCAAUAUGUUUGUGGGUGUGGUGGUGGAGAACUUCCACAAGUGUCGGCGACACCAGGAAGCUGAAGAAGCCAAGCGGCGCGAGGAGAAACGCCUGAAAAGGAUGGAGAAAAAGAGAAGGAAGGCUCAGUGUAAGCCUUACUACUCUGACUACUCUCCCACUCGUCGCCUCAUCCACAAGAUGUGCACUAGCCACUACCUGGAUCUUUUCAUCACCAUCGUCAUAGGCCUCAAUGUCAUCACUAUGUCCAUGGAGCACUACCAGCAGCCCAAGGUGCUCGAUGAAGCGCUGAAAAUCUGCAACUACAUUUUCACCAUUAUCUUUGUGCUGGAGUCUGUCUUCAAACUUGUGGCAUUUGGAUUCAGACGUUUCUUCAAAGACAGGUGGAACCAGUUGGAUCUAGCUAUCGUGCUGCUCUCCAUUAUGGGGAUCACUCUGGAGGAGAUCGAGGUCAACGCCUCACUCCCCAUCAACCCUACCAUCAUACGAAUCAUGAGGGUGUUACGCAUUGCCCGCGUGUUAAAGCUCUUGAAGAUGGCUGUGGGAAUGCGAGCUCUGUUGGACACCGUGAUCCAGGCCCUGCCUCAGGUGGGGAAUCUGGGUCUUCUCUUCAUGCUUCUCUUCUUUAUCUUCGCAGCACUGGGAGUAGAACUGUUCGGUGAUCUGAUAUGUGAUGAUUUGCACCCCUGUGAGGGCCUUGGGCGCUACGCCACAUUCAAGAACUUUGGCAUGGCCUUUCUCCUGCUGUUCCGUGUGUCCACUGGGGACAAUUGGAACGGCAUUAUGAAGGACACACUGCGAGACUGCGCUCAUGACACUGGAACAUGCUACAAUACAGUGGUGUCUCCCAUCUACUUUGUGUCCUUUGUGCUGACGGCUCAGUUUGUGUUGGUCAACGUUGUAAUCGCCGUCCUCAUGAAGCACCUGGAAGAGAGCAACAAAGAGGCUAAGGAGGAGGCUGAGCUAGAGGCAGAAAUGGAGCUGGAAGCAGCAGGCGGAGAUGGAGGGAUGACUGGAGUACACAUUUCCCCUCUGGCACUGCGAGACAUAGGUGGGCCUGCGGGGCCUCACUGGAUCUCCAGAGCCUCACAGGACAGAGGUUAUCCCCCAGACAGCCCAUCAGCACCCAUGCGCAGAGACUCAACAGCACACAAGACAGACCAGCCUCAAGGUCUGGAGCCUCCAUUACAGAUCCCCCUAGCUGAGAUGGAAGUUCUGUCUCUGACAUCGGAGAAAUCCUGGUCCUUAGCUCUGACGGAUGACUCUGUCCCUGAUGAUUUUAAUCCCCUCUUACUAACCAGUCUGGAGUGCAAUGUACUUAACAGUAGAGCAACGUUCAUUCAUGUUUGGGGGUUCUAGGUCUUUCCUUAUAGAGCUUCCAGUAAUUUGCCUCCUCUAUCAUAAAUGUUUUAUACAGUAGCAUUAUACAGUGAGGGGAAAUGAGUAUUCAGACACUAUUAUUUUUGUUCUAAAUAUACUUCCAGUGCAUAUAUAUCCUUCUUAUCUACACACAUAAUGUCUUUCGGCUUUGUUCUUAUGAAUAUGAAAAAAAAUUGUAUUCAUAAUCAUAAAAUAGAUAUGUUUAAAAAAAAACAACUGAUUGGGGAAUGGAUAUUGAAACACCAUGAAUUAACAUUAGUGCUUUGCUGCAAAACUGUUGUUUAUAAUUACAUCUUUGAGCCAUGUACGGUAGGAAAUAAUUCGCUUUUUGCAGCAUUGUGGUUAAAUUUUAACCAAUUUCUCUUGGCAAAUCAUCUUCAUUCCCCAAGGUUACAAGGUUAUUUCGGCUGUAUUUCGGGGUUUGUAAUCUUGUUUAAAUGUCUUCGGCGCAGAUUCAGUUUCUUAGCUGAAGAGAUUACAUUGUCCUGUAAUAUGCCAAGAUACCUCGCUCCAUUCAUGUUUCCUUCAAUGCUGCAGUACUGUUAGCAGAGAAACAGCCCCAUAUCAUGAUAGUCCCACACUUGUACUUCACUCUGUGCAUGGUGUUCUUGGGAACAUACUGUAUGAGAAACCCUUUUUUCUUCAAACAUGAUGAGCUAAAUGCUUUGAGAUGUACAUUUCUGUGCUUCUUUUUUUUUUUUUUUUUUUUUUUUAGCAGAGAUUUGUGUGAGUGUAGGAACGGAGAUAACUGUAUUUCAGUCCAUUGUUUGUUAAUCUCAGUGUACAGUGGUGCUUGAAAGUUUGUGAACCUUUUAGAAUUUUCUAUACAUAUACAUAAAUAUGACCUAAACAUCAUCAGAUUUUCUCCUAAAAGUACACAAAGAGAUCCCAAUUAAACUAAUCAGACAAAUAUAUUACACUUUGUCAAUUAUUUAUUAAGGAAAUUGAUCCAAUAAUACAUAUCUGUGAGUGGCAAACAUACAGUUGCAAUCAAAAUUAUUCAACCCCCAUUGCAAAUCAGGUUUAUAUCAAAAUUUACAGACUUUCAGCUGAUUGCAAUGAACAAAUCAAACAAAAGCAAUUUAAAUAGGAACCCAAAAUAACGUCUAACCAACUAAAGGCCUCUCUCACAUUGGCUAAUGUUAAUAUUCAUGAGUCCACUAUCAGGAGAACACUGAGCAAAGGUGUGCAUGGCAGGAUUGCAAGGUGAAAACCACUGCUCUCCAAAAACGAACAUUGCUGCCCCUCUGCAGUUUGCUAAAGAUAAUGUGGACGAGCCGGAAUGGUAUUGAAAAAAUUUUUGUGGACAAAUGAGACAAAAAUAGUCAUUUUUGAUUUAAAUGAGAAGUGUUAUGUUUGGAGAAAGGAAAACACUGUAUUCCAGCAUACAAACCUUAUCCCAUCUGUGAAAAACGAUGGUGGUAGUAUCAUGGUUUGGGCCUGUUUUGAUGGAUAUGGUCAGGAUGGCCUGCCAUCCUUUAUAGAACAAUGAAUUCUGAAUUAUACAAGUGAAUUCUUUAGAAAAAUGACAGGACAUCUGUCCGUGAACUGAAUCUCAAGAGAAAGUGGGUCAUACAGCACACCAGAUACUGAAAGCAAAAGGUCACAUAUAUUUUUGCCACUCACAGAUAUGUAAUAUUGUAUCAUUUUCUUCAAUAUAUAAGUGACCAAGUAUAAUUUUUUGUCUCAUUUGUUUAAUUGGGUUCUCUUUAUCUACUUUUAGGACUUUUGCUAAAAUUUGAUGAUGCUUUAGGUCAUAUUUAUGUGGAAAGAUAGCAAAUUCUAAAAGGUUCACAUGCUUUCAAGAAUCACUGUAACUUUUGUUCCUGCUGCUUUCAGGUCAUCCUGCAACACUUUUCGAGCAACUGCUAGCUUCUGUCUUCUCUCUUACUUUCUUUGUCAUUAGUCUGAGAGUGUUUUGUGAAAUCUUGCAUGCCGCACCUGUCUAUGGAUGAUUAAUUGUGGUUCCAUCAACUUUGCACCUGCAUAGUGUAUUAUCUAACCCAUUAUACUUAAAGGGAUGUUUAAGGUGUUUGCUAUGAUUCUGUAGCUAUUUUCAUUUGAUUAUUGUUUAAUAAUGUUGUGCCUGAAAACUUUACGCCAUGAUUGCUACUUGUUGUGUGAAAUCUUACCAACCAAUUGCAGCGUCAUUUAUCCUGUAUAUACAGUGGGGGAAAUAAGUAUUGAAUGUGUCAACAUUUUUUCAGUAAAUAUAUUCACAUGACAUUUUCACCAGACAUCAGUAUUAACUCAAGAAAUCUGCAAAUAUAAAGAAUUCACAACAUUAAAGUCCAUAAAUAAACUUAUGUGUAAUAAAGUUGAAUGACACAGGAAAAAAGUAUUGAACACGCUAAGAAAAAGCAGCUCUCCAACGCAAAGUAAGGCAAGGACCCAACUGAAAUCCAUAAGUAGUUAGAAAGUAAUUAUACCUCCUGUCUGUUCAAGUUAAUAUCAGCUGGGAUAAUAAAUUGAAGGUCUAUAAAAAGGCUUGUCACACAAGAAACAUCUCAUGAUGGGUAAAAGCAAAGAGUUCUCCUUCGCAAUCUUAAUGCUGCAAAUCAUAUUGAUGGAACCGGAUACAGACGUAUUUCAAAACUUCUGAAUCUUCCAGUAAGCACCAUUGAGGCCAUUAUCCGCAAGUAGAAGCAACAUCACUCCAUCAUCAAUCAUCCACGCACAGGAGCCCCUCGCAAGAUUUCUGACCAGGGAGUAAGAAGAAAAAGAGUAUCCCAAGACCCAAGGUCCACUCGGAAAGAGCUCCAGGAACACUUGGAGGCAGCAGGUGCCAUCGUCACAGAGAAAACAAUAGGCAAUGCACUCCACUGCUAACGCUCACCUUGCAAGACUCCUUUACUAAAGAAAAGGCAUAUCGAAGCUCGUUUAAAGUUUGCUACACUCAUUUGGAAAAGCCUAUGAAAUACUGGGAGAGUGUAGUCUGGUCAGACGAGAGCAAAAUUGAACUUUUUGGCUGUCAUACUACACACCAUGUUUGGAGAAGAAAUGACACUGCACAUCACCCUUAAAACACUAUACCAACAGUGAAGUUUGGAGGUGGAAGCAUCAUGGUGUGGGGCUGUUUUUCAUUGCAUGGUACUGGCAGACUCCAUAUAAUUGAAAGAACAAUGAAUGGAGCCCUUUAUCGGGAGAUUCUAGAGAAGAAUCUGCUGCCAUCCACCAGGAUGAUGAAGAUGAGAUGUGGGUGGACCUUCCAGCAGGACAACGAUCCAAAGCAUACAGCAAAGAAAACUCAAUUGGUUUCAGAGAAAAAAAAAUCAAGGCGUUAGAAUGGCCCAGUCAGUCACCUGACUUGAAUCCAAUUGAACAAGAUGUUUAGAAGAAUGGGCCAAAAUCACACCUCAAUACUUCGGCUGAUUAAUGUCUUCAUACAGGAAGCAUCUUGAAGCUGUCAUUACAAACAAAGGCUUCUCCACUAAGUAUUAAAUACAUUUCUGUUAGCGUGUUCAAUACUUUUUUCCUGUAUCAUUCCUCUUUAUUACACAUAACUUCAUUUAUGGACUUUAAUGUUUGGAUUUUUGUAUGACUGGAUUUCUUGGGUUAAUACCAAUGUCUAGUGAAAAUUUCAUAUGAAUAGCCUCAUUAGAAAUAUAUUUACUGAAAAAAUGUUGACACAUUCCAUACUUAUUUCACCCACUGUAUAGUGGCCGAAUACUUGUUUUCCUUGUCGUUUUUUUUUUAACAUAUCAUUUGUUUAUACUUAUUAAUACAUACAUUUUGUUCAAAUUUAUGAAUACAAACUCAAAAGACACUACUGAUCUACAUAUUUUGUGUAAACUCUAGAGACUGUUGUGCUGUGUGUGAAAAUCCGAUUAGAUCAUAGACAUACCAACCUGCAUAAACUCAUUUCAGGGAUGUGGCUUCAAUGGCACACUUGGUUACACUUUAGUGUAGUCUGUGGUGAAGUGCAUUUUUGUACUUCUUUUUUUUUAUUUGGACACUCUGCCAUGGCGCUACAGACACUAAACUGACCUGAACUGAAGGAUUAACUGGAGAGAUAGAGAGGUCAACUAUAAAGCCUGCCUACCGAGAAAACUGAGCACAAAGAGAGACCAAUCAGGAUACCUUCUGUGUCACUCUCUCUCCAUGUCUGUCACUCGCUCUCCCAGUUUCUCCAGAGCCCGUCUACCAUUAGAAAUGACCACUGAACGCUCUCUCGCUCACUCUAAAAAAAAUACAUUUCUGGGAUAUUGUAUAUAAUUUGCUGGUGUCAGGGAGCCACUAUUAAAAUGCGGGAGACUCCGGGAGAGUCAGGAUGUCUGAGAUCAGUAGUUUCUGAAAUACUCAAACCAUGCCAUGGUUACGGUCACAAAUAUCAAACAUUUUUCCCCCAUUCUGAUGUUUGAUGUGAACAUUAACUGAAGCUCUUGACCUGUACCUUGACCUGCAAGAUUUUACCCAUUGUGCUGCUGCCACAUGAUUGAAUGAUUGGAUAACUGCAUCAAUAUGUAAGUUUCUAUUAAAGUAGAUGGUGAGUGUAUGCACUGGAUAUAUAUAAAAUAAUAAAAAUAAUAGUGUCUGAAUAAUUAUUUCGCCCUCCCUGUAUAUACUUAUCAUGGGACAUAUUCAGAUUCAGUGAGAUAAGUCAGGAAAUUUUAUUUCAAAAGGUAUGUCAGUAUAUACAAUGGGACAGGGACAGUUUCUAUCAUUCAUCAUUCAGUCUUCCCCUAUGCAGGUGUUUAAUUUCUAUUCAGAUCAUUAAAAUUACACGUGUAGAUCCAUAAAGAUGGGAGUUUUUCAGUUGUGUCUAGACUGUUACCAUUAAAGAGAAGCUUAAUCCUGGAAAUAAUUGUAGGACAGAAAAUUAGAACAGACGAACAGAAUUUUUACCCUUUGCUGUCAAAUACAAUAUGAUUCAGCAUAGAUGCAAGAGGAAGUUUAAAAAACAGUUUAGAUAAAUAGGAUAAUAAAUAAAUGAGAAGAAGGCAAAGAUUCAGAUAACAAUCUAAUAAAUAUCUAAUAAUAAUAAUAUCUAAUAAAAGUGGUUCUCAGAGUGGGCUCUGGGGAUGCCUAGGGUUUUGUAGAACAUAUCUUGGGUCUGUGAUGUUCAAAAUUUUGUUACAGUGAUGUAAAUCACAACCCACUAUUAUUAUUAU